GGAAUCCAGCAGGAUCCAUCUGAACGUCACCAUGAAGCUGAUUUUUUCUUUGACUCUCAUCUGGGCGCUCUACAGCACAGCUGGAGCCCUGAAAUGUGUGAGCUGCACAGACCAGACGUGUUCAAACACAAUGCCACUAACAUGCAGCUCAGAAACGAUGUGCAUAACAGCAACCAUCCGAGCUACUCAAUCUGGAACUUCAGUAACACAGCUCUACAAAGCCUGUGCAGUGUCCUCUCUGUGUCCAGCUACAGGCAACUCGACUUUUUCAGUCAACUUGGGAUCCCAAAGUGCAAUUGCAUCUGCUCAGUGCUGCAACACAGACAACUGCAACUCACAGACUCUGCCUGCCCCCACUACUCCAGCUGCAAACUCCCUGAAGUGCCUUGUUUGUGACUCCACAACUUCUCAGUGCAGCACUACAAUAACUUGUUCAGGAGAUGAGACCAGCUGCUUCUCAGCAACUUUGAACGAUGGAAAAAACACAAUUCCUGCACUGGGUUGCGCAUCACCAAACACAUGUACAGCUGCAUCAGGUCUGGGAAGUUUGCCGUUCAUGCAGAGUGUUGGUUCAAUCACCAGUGGACCAACCUGCUGUACAACUAGUUUGUGCAAUAAUCCAACUACUACAACCACAGCUGCAACAACCACAGCUGCAACAACCACAGCUGCAACAACCACAGCUGCAACAACUACAGCUGCAACAACCACAGCUGCAACAACCACAGCUGCAACAACCACAGCUGCAACAACUACAGCUGCAACAACCACAGCUGCAACAACCACUACAACCACUACAACCACCACAACCAGUAAUGCCUCUAGCUUCAGACUUGGCUUUCUUCACUUGCUGUUUGCUUGUCUUUACCUUUUAAGUGUCUAAAAAUACGUCUGAGAUAUUACAUUUGAACCAAAAUUAGAAGAAUAUGUAUAUAUUGCUUCUGGCUUGGACCUGGAUAUUAGGUAUUUAUUGGUAUAUUAUAUGUAGGAUAGUGGCAUAUUUAUUCAUUUAUUAAAAUGAAUAAUAAUGUAUGACUUGAUUUUAGAUUUAUGUGACUCUUGUAUUUAAAUCUAACAAAAGAAAAUAUAUAAUUUCUCAAUAAUCUAUUCUUUUAAAUUCUUUAAAUGUUUUUCUUGUGUUUUUUAAUAUCUCAUAUUAAAUGAAUCACAAUAAAUAUGAAUAAAUGGGAAUAAAAAUUAAUGGACGUUUUUGCACCAGAUGAGUUUGAAAUUUUACUUCAUUUUUUCAAUUAACCAAACUUUUAUGGCCCUGGAUUCUGCUGUGGAGCCCUUAAUCCCCCCUCAGCCCCCAACUUUCAGUGAAACUAGUGGUAAAUGUUUUUUGUUCAAUAACAAUUGUUCUUGAUUGUGUUGAAAUGCUUGAAGGGAUAUUUUGUAUAUUUUAGGUGCAUCAGGCCAGUUUAUAGCACACAUAAGUAACUUGUAAAUAGUCAAACAGUGACAUCAGGGGAAGUAGGAAGUUUAUGAAUUUUUACAUUGUGUGCUUGAUAAUUGACAGUCUCUAAUUAUUUCAUUAUAUUUUGCAACAUCAGAGAAGUUUAUUGUGUUUCUUUCAUAAGUUGUUGAAGUCAUGUUUACAUUGCAUUCAUGGUUAUUCUUGGUCACUUCCCUUCUUAGGAACAUUGGACUAGGACAUAGUUCCUGUGAUGAACUCAGUAAACAUGCAGUUCAACCAGCUGCGGUUCUGGAACAGAGUAAAUGUGUGGUGAAAGGAUUUGACUGUAGAAGAGGUCACAAAAAUAAUAUACAGACAUAUCUUCAGUGAUUUGCUUUAUGUAGUGCUUUCUUACUCCCUUUAU